UUAUCUCUAAUUACCUUGUUGUGGUUUGGUUAAGUAGAUAUUCGACACUUCAAAAUUUUUAUGAAAAUGUUGCGGCACUCGAUAGGUACUUUAACUCGCUUUCAAUAAUUCAUAAAAGCAGAACGGAUCAUUUUUAACAUUAGUAUCCUUUACGGACUAGUUUUUAAAAGUAGCAUUGAUAAGAGUUAACUAGUGAAGUCUGAACUGCAGUUACCUUUAUCAUCCAUUCGUUGGUCGGAACUAGUGAAAUUGUAACGCGCGUUUUGACUGUUGUGACUAUGAAGUUAUUUGAUUUUUCUAAGUUUAAAUCCAGAAUUUUUCAAUAUUUGGCGGCACUGGCAGCCAAUCUGGGAAUGUUGUCCAUAGGUCUUCAUUAUGGAUGGCCCUCGUCUGCUAUUUCAGUACUUAAAAGUGGAGAAUACUCAUUUAAAAUGACUGAGGAAGAAAUAUCGUGGAUGAUAGCCGUAACGCCAAUGGGUUCUGUGAUUGGAGACGUUAUAGCAGGCUUCAGUAUGAAUAUAUUCGGCAGAAAAAAGAUGAUAUGGUUUUCUGCUAUACCCUUAACGGUAUCAUGGAUACUUAUUGCAGUUGCAAAUUCUUCAGGAUAUUUAUUCGCUGGACGCAUAAUAGCUGGGAUUGUAGAUGGAUUGUUAUUUACAGCAAUUCCACCAUAUCUAGCCGAAAUAUCGGAUCCAGAAAUAAGAGGAUUCUUAGGUACGACAUAUUUGGUCACACUGGUUUUUGGAAUGCUGAUGUCCAACGUGAUGCUAUACUUCAUAUCGAUUCCAGCCCAGGCUUACAUUGCAGGUAGCGUUACUUUAGUAAUGAUGAUCAUUUUGCCAUUCCUUCCAGAAAGUCCAUAUUUCUAUCUAUUGAGGAGUGAGGUCGCGUUGGCGAAAGAGAGUUUACAAAAGUUCAGAGGAAAAGGAGAGGUCGACGACGAAAUAGGAAGAAUAUCCAAGGGUAUUAUGGAAGAGGAGAAGUACGCAAAAGGAGGUCUCAAAGAACUAUUCUUAAAACCACAAUACCGCAAUUGCUUGUUCCUUGCGCUUUCCAUGACAAGUUUACAACAACUGAGUGGUAUAUUAGGUAUACAGUCGUACUGUCAGGAAGUAUUUCAAGAAACCAGCGACAUUAUAGAUCCAAAAGUGGCAAAUUUGAUUUACUAUCUACUGUACUUUCUAGCAACUUUGGUUGCCUUGGUUCUUAUUGAUAUCUCAGGAAGAAAACCUUUGGUUCUCUUCUCCUCAGUUGUAGUAUGUAUCACAUUAUUUACAAUAAGUGCUUACUCUUACAUUAAAAACUCAACACACAUAGAUUUGUCUGGAUAUGAGUAUAUUCAGAUAGUAGCUAUACUAGUUUAUAUAUGCGCCUAUAGCAUAGGAUUAAAUUGUGUUCCUAUAUUAGUUAGUAGUGAGAUAUUCCCCUCUCACAUCAAAAGUAAGGCCUUCUGCGUCAUCAACUUGUGCUACAGCGUCGUUUCAACCAGCGUUGUUAAAUAUUUUAGCUGGAGUGCUAGUACUUUCAGCCUAGCGGUACCGUUCUUCACGUUUGCUAUCUUCAGUUUUGCUAGUGUAAUUAUCCUUUCUAUAUUUCUACCAGAAACCAAGGGCAAAACCUUGGAAGAUGUACAACUGCAGAUGAGAUCGAAUAAAUUAAAGAAACUUGAGAAAAAUAAUUAUGUUAUAUAAUUGAGAAAUUUCAGUAGAAAGUAUCUGAAAUGAGGACCAAGUUGAGUGUUCAGAAGUACUUUUGAUUAAUACUCACAUCACAUCGUUAACGUAUCAUCAUCUACAUUCAGUUAGUUGCGUCCCACACACUUUUCUUUGUCUAUUUUCAUUUCAGUUUGUCACCUUCGCGAUGAUGCUUUACAUCUCAAUGUUAUUCCAUGCAUAGAAAUUUUUCUUUGUUCUAUUUAUAACUUUUUUGCAUUUUUAGUAAAGUCACUACUAGAUAUUUUCUUCUGUGUUUUGUUCAGUUUUUGUUUGUUUCAAUUUUCUGUGAGUAUUUUUCGUUCUAUUUUAUUUCUGGUAGGUAUCUAAAUAAAUUUUCUCUUGUCUAUUUAGUUUAGGACAAGUUUUUACUGUGUACACAUGUACAGUAGCACGUAUACAAAACAAUCCAACUGAUAUCGAAGUAAAGGAGUUUUUUGAAAAUAGAAGUCUACCAAUCUCCCAUAUAGGAACAUAUACCUGGGAUUAGUUGUAAUUGGUUAGGUAUUAAGGUAAUAAAGGACGAGCAUUCUUUCUGAUAUAGGUACGAAGUUAUUAACGUGUUUGGCAUGUUUCUUGGUUUAAGAUUAUACCUACUCCAUUUUCGUGUCUUCCAUUGAGGUUAUCUGAAUAAUAUACAUAUAUGUAAUCGUCACUGAUUUUACAUUCACAGAGUUCGUCCAUCUCAUUUCACUUAUUCCCACCAUGUCUAUUGUUAGUCUAUCCAUCUCCUUGAUUGCAAUAUGAGUCUUACCUACAUCGUACAAUGUUUUAACAUUCCAUGUACAGAUCGUGAGAUUUUUAUUUAUACUAGAUAGGCAAAGGAUUUCGUCUGUUGGCGACAGAAAAGGCCUUGGUGUCUUGUGAUUGUCCUUUACUGCCAGAUAUUGUUAUCUGAAUCAAAUGAUUUAUGAAAUAUGCUUGAAGAAAUAGCAAAGUGGAAAAAGUAGUUACGGAACAGUAAUUCAAAACAUAGAAAUAGAUUCAAUGAAAGCAAAUUAUCGAAACAUCAAGAGGAACGAUAUAAAAGCAUAAUUCUUGAAAAAAAAAAAUCAAUAACAACAAUCUGUAUUUUUUGUUAAAUAAAUCUACAAAAUACAGACAAAUCAAAAUAAAGUGUGGAAUAUUGUAGGAAAUUAUUUAUAGCGUAAACAAUAAGAUAACUAAGUAACGGUCAUAGAGAGGAGUGAUAUACCAAAAAAUUUUAGUCAAAUUAUUAAAUAUAUUAUGCAGACACGAUAUAUUAAAUAAUAAUUCUACAAAGAUCGUUUUACACCUAAAAGUCUGGGGAUAUUUUUUAAGUCUGCUCGUAUGGAGAAGAUUUUAAACACACAUGUCUACCUUUGAUUUGAAUUUGCCUGUAGAAAUAUGGUUUAUAUAUGUAUAUAUUAUGUAUAAGGUAUAUUGUUAAUAAUUGUUAUUUUAGAUCAUUUUUAUUUAUCAUGUUAUGCAUUUCAAAUUUUUAUCAAAUGAGAUUUUACAUAAUUUUUUUUAUUUUACAUUCAAAAGUUUUUCAUAAUAUGUAUUUUUUAUAAUUGUCCAUCUUACAUUUUUUUUAUAUUAAAUUUACUGUUUAAAAUAGUUUUAUGGAUAAAAGACUGUGAACCUGUGAUUAUUGAAUAAUGUUUGUUUAAUAAAAAUUUUAAACUCA